AUGGUCGGAAAGAAAUCAGGACGUGCGCUUUUGCGCGRAGAAGGCCUGCAACGCACCGACAAUUCGUUGCAAUUCUCAAACUGGCCUAUGGUGCAGAUGAUCAAUCAGAAAAACUACUACACCGAAUUUCUCAAACGUGAUGACCAAGUUCUUGCACUUCGACUACAGCAGGAAGAGAGACUCGACCGCCGCAAAAAGGCUGCUGUUGACUUGGAUCGCGCACGAGCUCAAAAUGGCCAAGAAGGCCCGUAUCCAGAUGUCGACCCUGACAUGGAUGAGGAUGUUGCCAUGGAUGAUGUGGACGGCGAAAACUAUGGAUCGAAGACCAUCAUCAUUCAUGUUGGAAGUCAGAAUUUGCGACUUGGGCUUGCCACAGAUGCUUUGCCGAAGACUGUGCCUAUGGUCAUUGCGAGGAGAGCUGAUAAAACAGAAGCUGAGGAUUCAGAGCCUGKACCAAAACGUGUGAAACUGGACGAGGAUGCACCAUCGGAGGAGUGGUUUGGUGAAGAGUUUUCAAAAGAAUACGACAGUAUGGCGACUGCUUUCAAGUCCAACAGAAGACAGAACAAACGCCGUGUGCUGCCCAAUUCACGCGAGCUGGUCACGAAAUGGAACAGCACUACACAACCAGAUAUCAUCUCGGAACACAAUGACCCUCUGCGGGUCGACUGGACUGAGCUGCCAGCAAAUCCUGCGAACGCUCCAAACUACAUUGUUGGAGCUGCCGCGCUUCGCAUCCCSGAAAACUCCAAGCCUAAAUAUCGCUUAAGUUGGCCUGUGCGUUAUGGCUGGCUGAAUGAGAGAGACUACACCAGUCGAACCACAUUACUCCGAGACUUCUUCCUCAUCAUCGAGGAAAGUAUCAAAAACGAGCUCGAAUUGCCACACAAGAAGGACUGGAGCCAGUACAGCUGCGUGUUUCUCAUUCCAGAUCUUUACGAAAAGACACUAGUUGCAACGAUCCUGCAAGAGCUCAUUCGAGACUUUGGCUUUGCGCGAAUAUCUUUCAUGCAGGAGUCCUUGGCUGCAACAUUUGGCGCAGGGUUCAGCACGGCGUGUAUCGUUGAUGUUGGCGCUCAGAAGACGACAGUGUGCUGCAUCGAAGACGGCAUGUGCUUCGAGGAGUCUCGGGUGAAUCUCAAGUUUGGCGGCUACGAUGUGACACAGACAUUUGUGAAGAUGAUGCUCUACGAUCAUUUCAACUACAGCGAGUUUAACCUCAUGCGUCGACACGACUUCCUCUUGGCCGAAGAGCUAAAGGCGAAAUUCACGUCCUUGCACGAUGACAACAUUACUGUCCAGCUGCACGACUUCCAUCUCCGUGCCCACGGACAGGAAACUCGCAAAUACCAAUUCAAGAUAUACGAUGAAGGGUACUUGGCGCCGCAGGGCUUCUUCAAACCCGAGAUCUUCGACAACUCCGAGAAGCUCGCAGGACGCCGCAAGCUAAUCGGCCGGUCUGUAGACUUGUAUGACGGAACACCAAAUGAUCCCAUGUCGGCCGCUCAGAAACAAGUCUACGAACACGUUCAUCGUCACAUGCCGUCCGCCGUGGUGGAGCCCCCGAGCAAGCCAAACGUACACCCCGGCACCCCACUUUCAGCACCAUCUACUGCUGUCACAGCUACCCCAAGUAAGCCGCGACUACUUCCAAUUCCAGGUCACGUCAACGGCGAUAACGAUGCUACGCCACGUUCAUCAGUCGCCGGAUCGCCUCCUCCAGAAGACUCCGGCACACCUCUUCCCAACGGCGAGGCUGGCGAAGACCAGGAAAUGGGCAACGCUUCCUCUCAGCCAUCGUACGACAUUGAGAUUGCCGAACGCACCGUGCCUGUUAUGAACUUGCAUGGCGCGAUUCUGGUUUCCAUCGACAAUGCCGCUAAUGGUGAUGAGCGCAAGAAGCGCGACUUCCUUGGCAGUAUCAUGCUCAUCGGCGGCGGCUCCAAAACUCCUAAUCUGCAGAGUUAUCUMGAACUGCAGCUACGUGCUGCCAUGCCACAGUAUCCAAAGGAGAUUCUUGUGGCCCCACCCCCGAGAGAUCUGGAUCCCUCGGUCAUUGCGUGGAAGGGCGGGAGUGUAUUCGGGAAGUUGAGGAUGACGAACGAUAGUUGGAUAUCACCGCUGGAGUACGAUCGGCUGGGAAGCAGGAUUCUCAAUUACAAGUGCAUGUGGCAUUGGUAA